CCACGACGGUCACUAAACGGACUGUUGUAAGCCGAGGACUGCUUGCGUUGCCUUUGUUUUUUGCCACGAGGUUGUUUUCAGUGAGAGGAGAAUUGCUUUGAACAACUCAGAAAGGAGAUUGGAAGGCAAGAUCAUUGGAUAGGGGCUGCUUGGGCGGGGCAGGAGGGGUUGGGCUAGAUGACCCACAAGGUCCCUUCCAACUCUGUUAAUCUGUAUCUAAUCUGCAUCUGAUAGGAACAGCAGCAGCGGUUGCCAUGACUUCGUGACAUCUUCAGCAUCUCUGGGUCUCCCGCAGCAAUCUGUCAAAAAUCUUCUCCCGCUACAUAGCACGGUCUCUUGUCUCCUGCUAUGUUGGAGCAAGACAAGCAGAUUUUUGCUUCAUGUCUCCCUGGUUGGAAGCCCGAGUUAGUGGUUUAUUUAAAUCUCAACCUUGGCAGGUUUCAGAUCUCUGGCUGGGAAACUCUGGGCGUCGAAAUCCAGAGAUCUUAAAAUGGUUCAGGUGGAGAAACACUGCUCUAAAGAUCUGUCCUGCCCUCCUCUUUUCACAGUGCCCGACCUUCCCAUUCUGGAGAAGAGGAACUGGCUGAUCCACCUGUACUACGUGCGCAAGGAUUACGAUGCGUGUAAGAUUGCCAUAAAAGAGCAACUGCAGGAAACCCAAGGAAUGUGCGAAUAUGCUGUCUACGUUCAAGCUUUGAUCUUUCGCUUGGAAGGAAAAAUCCACGAAUCUCUGGAGCUUUUCCAGACUUGUGCUAUUCUCAGGCCUCGAUGUGCAGACAACCUCAAGCAGGUGGCCCGCUCCCUGUAAGUGUAAUUUCAUUCUUCCUCUCUUA